AUGAUGAAGCAUAAAAACGUCGACAGCCCCUUACUUAAGAAUAUCUCUUCUGCAACAGGAGAUAAACUCACUGCAACAAUUAUACUUCAGCGCCCAGUGUAUUCAACUCGUCGGUGUUUUUCAGGUUAUAUUGGCAGUCACGAGGACACUUAUGUCGAUGGUAGCGGCAGUGGAGGAGACGGUGGUGGAAGUGGUUGGUUAUUUGGCGGAAGUAGCGGAGGUGGAGGACACGGAGGCGGUGGAUUUGGUGGUAGUAGAGGCGGCGGCGGUGGGUAUGGCGGAGGCAACGGAGGAGGAAGCGGCAGUGGCAGUGUAGUUUCUGGAAUUCUCUUUGGUGGAGGUGGCGGCGGUGGCCACGGAAGCGGAGACAGUUUUGGAGGUGGAAGUGGAGGCGGCUUCGGGGGUAAUCAUGGAAGUGGAAGUGGAGGCGGAGGAAGCAGCGGAUAUGGAGGAUAA